UGACAUUAUACGUUUCUUUGUUUGACAAAUUGACAAAAAAAAGUCAAAACGAAUGAUUUCGUAAUUUGUUAUUAUUUAUAGUUACUGUUUAACGUGCAAAAAGUAAAUAAUGGAUUUCCCUGCAACGCCCUCAAAUGCAUCAGACAGCAACGAAUACCCUAGCACUACACGGUCUCCAUAUAAUAACGUGCCAGACGAUAAUAAAAGACGCAGUUCAUCGAGAUCAAUAAAACGAAGGCGAUUUGACGAUGAAUUGGUGGAAUAUAGUGGAUUGCCCGGAUCUUCGCUUGGUAAAGGUGACAAGAGAAUGCGAACACAAUCGUAUACGAGUCAAGUUUCGGAGAUUCCAAUGACUAGUGUGCCUACUCCUCCCGUUCACCAGCCUGCGGAGCGUCGUAGGGCUUCAAGUAAAGUGUCUGGUGGUGGCAGCAUGGGUCGCAAAAUCCGCCGUAAAGGGCAAUUGAGUCACCUCUCUACAAAAGAUCUAGGACGUUGGAAACCCACAGAUGAUCUGGCUUUGAUAUUAGGUGUACAACAGACAAAUGACUUGCGCAUCGUACAUAGAGGUGUGAAGUUCUCUUGCCGUUUCACAGUCAGUGAGCUACAGUCUCGGUGGUACGCCUUACUGUACAACGCAGAGAUAUCACGAGUAGCUAUAGCGGCUAUGCGCAACCUACAUCCGGACUUAGUAGCUUUGAUUCAACAACAAGCUCUGUAUUCUACUGCAGAAGAAGAACUACUUGCGACUAUACCUGCUGUUCCUUCAUCACUGCCGCCACUGGAGAGAUUCCAAGAGUUACUAGACCAGAAUCCACAUGUGUUCUACCCGUCACGGAAUGCAAAGACUUUGUUGGCACACUGGCAACUACUGAAGCAGUAUCAUCUGUUGCCGGAUCAGACUGUACAACCAUUACCGAAAAAUCCAACUGACCCAAUAUUAACAUUCUCUGAUGCUGAAGACACUAUGAAUGAUAACGAAUUACCAGAUUACAAGGAAGAUGGCAUGGACUCGGAAAUGCAAAUGGCUGACAGGGUGGACAAGAAGGACAUUCGUCUCCUGGAGACUUCAUUAUCACGUUGGCAAGUGCUAGUACAGUCCCUAUCAGGGACGUCAGUAGAGCUGGACAAGAAUACACUCGCUGUACUGCGUGGCAGGCUCGUACGAUUCCUCAUGCGAUCCAGAGAGAUCGCAGUUGGCCGUAGUACGCGGGACAACAAUAUCGAUGUGGAUCUGACUUUGGAAGGGCCGGCGGCGAAGGUGUCUCGGAAGCAGGCGACCAUUCGGCUGCGGAACAGCGGGGACUUCUUUAUGUCGUCGGAGGGCAAACGGCCCAUAUUCGUGGACGGGCGGCCAGUGCUGCCAGGCAACAAAGUGAAGCUCAAUCACAACACCGUCAUCGAGAUUGCCGGACUUCGCUUCGUAUUUCUGGUGAACCAAGAGCUGAUCAGCGCCAUACGGCAAGAAGCUGUGAAAGUUAAUAUACCUGUGUAAUAAUGAAUUUAAUUGUAAUAAGUAAUAAACGUAUAUUUACUGCGAA